CAGGCCUGGCCCCCGACCUCAAAAGCCCAUCGAGCGUCGUUGCUUCUGAUCCGCCAUUCCUUCCCUCCAAUUAUCUCAAUCGCCCGCCAGAAACAAAGGAACAAAGAAAGAAAAGACUCUCAGAGGUAUUCAAUCCCUCUCUCUUUUCUCUCUCUCUUCGACUUUUGUUUCAGGAACAAAAGCUUGAGGAUCCUUCUUGUCUUCCUUUCGUGAUCUUACGGAAGGUUGUAUGAGAAGAUUCUCUCGCGCCAGCGCAAGCCGUCAACCUGGACUUUGAAGCCCGAGUUCCCGUGCCCUUUAGCAUCUUCCCGUCCACUUACAAGGACAACGAAGCAGCACGCCCUCAGACUCAAAUCACCACUCACGAGGAGGUUCAACUAACCCUCCCUCAAAAGAAACCAGCCGGACGGGAGGGUCAACUCUCUUCUUUCCCCCCAAGCACCGACCUAGCUCCUCCUCGCGUUGAACAGCGCUUUGAAGAAGAGGUCCGUAUCACUCGUGAGGAAGAACGUCACCGCCGUCCCGGUUCCCGCCAGUCCGAACGCUUCGUAAAGGAAGAGUUCCGACCUAUCCCACCUCCUCCUCGCGACUACACUGAGACUCAGGUCAAAGUCGAUUCCUCUCGCCGCCUGUCCAACCCCAUUGACGUUGCUGAGCGUGAAUACCGAGAACGUUUCCGUCCUCAACAGCCUGAAGCCACCACCGGUCUUGAACUAGUUCAGGUCCGCCGUCCUCGACACGAGAAGCCUGUCCACAAGGUCACCGACAUCACUGUCGACGAGCGUGUUUCUAUCGCCCGUCCUAAGUUCCGUGAGGAAAUCAAGAUCACUGAGGAAAUCCGCGAGUCUACUCCGUAUCCUUCCGAACAAUCAGCCAAGAUGGGUUACUACGACGACGAGGGCUCCUACCACUCCAUCCGCCAAGGCGUGGCCAAGGCUGUGGACAAGCUGCUCCCUCAUCACCACCAUCACCAUCAUCAUCACCACAGUGACAAUAAUAACACUACCAUCACAGAGCAUGUUGACAUUGAUGUCCGCCACGAUGCUAAUCCUUCGCGCCGCCCAGCUCCCGCUACCGAGUCGCAGCCUAACACUGUGUCCAUCCCCUGCCACCACAUCCGUCUGGGUGACUUCUUGAUGCUCCAGGGCCGACCAUGCCAGGUCAUCCGCAUCUCGACCUCCUCUGCCACUGGCCAGUACCGCUACCUUGGUGUUGACCUCUUCACCAAGCAGCUGCACGAGGAGUCCUCCUUCAUUGCCAACCCCGCUCCCAGCGUCGUUGUCCAGACCAUGCUCGGCCCUGUCUUCAAGCAGUACCGUGUCCUUGACAUGUCUGAUGGCUUCGUCACUGCCAUGACCGAGACCGGCGAUGUCAAGCAGGGUCUGUCUGUCAUUGACCAGUCCAACCUUUGGUCUCGUCUCCAGCAGGCUUUCGAGUCCGGCCGCGGCAGCGUCCGUGUCCUCGUCCUCAACGAUGGCGGCCGUGAGCUCGCUGUCGAGAUGAAGGUCAUCCACGGCUCUCGCUUGUAAACACUCUCUGCUUUGUUCUCAGGGAGGGUUAUACAUCCAUCCUAUGGAUAUUCCAGGCUCGGUUCUAGUCUGAAUAAUGUGAAAUAUACCCCAUGGGUUUGGAGGGUGCGCGGAACGGAUGUUUGUCAUUUUUGGAUCGGUUAGGGUUGUAUUUUGGUCAUGAGGCAGAGUGCCCAGUAGAUAGGAUCUACCUAUAUGCCGCACUGUAAUUAAGAUGGAUUUUGCAUAAUGUCUUUGUGCUGC